CAGGUCGGCAACUUUGUCGGGCGCUCCCAGCGGCGCUCCGCUUCCUCCUGUAGUAGUUGGGCGCAGGCCCCGCCUCCCAGCCGUGUUGUCAAACGGGCCGGGGUCUCGGAUUGGUCCAGCCGCUGGGACAACACCUGCUCGACUCCUUCAUUCAAGUGACACCAGAGCUUCCAGGGAUAUUUGAGGCACCAUCCCUGCCAUUGCCGGGCACUCGCGGCGCCGCUAACGGCCUGGUCACAUGCUCUCCAGAGAGCUACGGGAGGGCGCUGGGUAACCUCUAUCCGAGCCGCGGCCGCGAGGAGGAGGGAAAAGGCGAGCAAGGAGGAAGAGUGGGAGGAGGAGGGGAAGCGGCCAAGGAGGAGGAAGAGGCGGAGGGGAGCACAAAGAAUCCAGGUCUCCGGGAGGGAGGUUUAUACCAAGAACCAUGUGUGCCGAGCGGCUGGGCCAGUUCGUGACCCUGGCUUUGGUAUUGGCCACCUUCGACCCGGCGCGGGGGACCGACGCCACCAACCCGCCGGAGGGUCCCCAAGACAGGGGCUCCCAGCAGAAAGGCCGCCUGUCCCUGCAGAACACAGCGGAAAUCCAGCACUGUUUGGUCAACGCUGGCGAUGUGGGGUGUGGUGUGUUUGAAUGUUUCGAGAACAACUCUUGUGAGAUUCGAGGCUUACAUGGGAUUUGCAUGACUUUUCUGCACAACGCUGGAAAAUUUGAUGCCCAGGGCAAGUCAUUUAUCAAAGAGGCCUUGAAGUGCAAGGCCCAUGCUCUGCGGCACAGAUUCGGCUGCAUAAGCCGGAAGUGCCCAGCCAUUAAGGAAAUGGUGUUCCAGUUACAACGGGAGUGCUACCUCAAACACGAUCUGUGCUCUGCCGCCCAGGAGAACACCCGAGUCAUGGUGGAGAUGAUUCACUUCAAGGACUUGCUGCUGCACGAACCCUACGUGGACCUGGUGAACCUACUGCUGACCUGUGGGGAGGAGGUGAAGGAGGCCAUCACCCACAGCGUUCAGGCUCAGUGUGAGCAGAACUGGGGAAGCCUGUGCUCCAUCUUGAGUUUCUGCACCUCGGCCAUCCAGAGGCCUCCCACGGUGCCCCCUGAGCGCCAGCUCCAGGUGGACAGAGCCAAGCUCUCUAGGGCCCACCACGGAGACACAGGUCACCACCUCUCGGAAGCCAGUAGUCGGGAGACGGGCCGAGGUGUCAAGGGUGAGCGAGGUAGCAAAAGCCACCCAAACGCUCAUGCCCGGGGCAGAGCAGCCGGCCACGGGGGCCAGGGAACUUCUGGAAGCAGCGAGUGGGAGGAGGAACAGUCUGAAUACUCCGAUAUCCGGAGGUGAAACGAAAGGCUUGGCCGGGAAAUCUUUCCUCCAUGCCGUCCAUUUUCUUCUCUAUGGACAUUCCAGAACAUUUGCCAUUAAAGAGGGGGGAUGUCACACGCAGGAUUUGGUGGGGAUUGCGGACUUGAUGAAGGCGUGUGCUAGCGGAACGAACAGGUGAGGCGGAGACGGCCUGGGCAGCGGCGAGGUCUCGGCUGUGCCCGGUGGGUUCCACACUUGCACAUCCUGAAGUGAGCGUGCCUCGCAGCCUCCUUGCAACUUUGUCUUCUUUCCAACCGUGGAGCCACUGGGCGGCGGCCUGCGGUUUGCUCUGCUGUGGGGGAGGUGGGCCAGGGAAGGGCAGGGGUCGGCAGGCCCACCAGCUAGACCUCGCACUUGGUGCUGGGCCCCGGCCCGCAUCUUCCGGUGCUGUCUUGGCAGAGGGCGGCUGGAUUCAGAUGCAGGGGUGAAUGUAAAAAUCGAGCUGGGAGUCAGAAGGGUGGAGAGGAGACAGGGCCGUGUGGGUGCUUGGUGCCGAACGGAAAUUCCGUUUCUUGCAUGGGACCUUGAGGUUUAGAGCUGCUUGGGACGGGGAGGGCAAGGGUUCUACGUGUAAGUUCUGAGCCAUUGUUCUGUCUGGGGGACCAUGUCCGAGGGAGUGGCCCCUGUGUGUUUGUAUAUUAACCACUGCUUCAAAUCUCUAUUUCACUUUUUUAUUUAUCCAGUUACAUCUACAUACCUGUCGUCUAAAUAAAUGGCUUUCAAACAAAGCAACUGGGUCAUUAAAACCAGCUCAAAGGAAAAAGAAAUACAGCCCAUCUUUGGGGGCUGGUUUUUUUUUUUUUCUUUUGAGUGAUAUUUUAAAAGGAAUCAAAGAACGGUGUACCUGUACAUCUAACUGCCUGGCGUGGGCUUCUAGCCACUUAGGGCAAACCACACACCCGGAGGAAAAUGCACACACGAGGAGUACAUUUGACAGAUUUUCUUUACCAUUUUGUUACCUCUCCUUGACCCUCAGCCAAGAUCGAUAAAGCCCUGUACCCGAUGCCAUGAGGCCAAGUUGGAAACGUGGCUUCUGGGUUUAGAGCAUGGAAAGGGGGAGAAGAGAACCAGAUGACUGUGAUUUCUAGCGAGAAAUACUGAGCUUUUUUACAUAAAUGGAGGAGACCGCCAGGAAGCACUGAGAGACAGGAUUUUCCAGAUCCGGACUGGAAAUUUAGCAACGAAGAAAAGAGUCCGAGUGGACAAAAGAAAGAGAGGUGGGACAGAAGUAAAAUUCCAAGGCAAGGAGGGAGAGGAUUAUAAUAAAGGGUCAGCGCUGGGGUUCUUGUGAUUGUUCAAAAUGUUCCAUAGAUAGGCCCUUUCUUUCCCACUGGGUUAUCACAUUAAAGCUUAUCCUUUCUUGCAGCCAGUACUCAAAUAGAAGGCCAGUAUUACAAAGAAUAGACGGGUGUUCUGGGCCAGCUCCUUCUAGAGCAACGGUCAGCAAACUCUUUCUGUAAAAGUCCAGAUAGUAAAUACACUAUUUUCAGUUUGGUGGGUCAUGUGGUUUCUGUCCCAAAGACUCAACUCUGCCAUUAUAGCAUGAAAGCAGGCAUACAGAGACAACACAUAACAAAGGGGUUUGGCUCCACUCCGGUAAAAUUAUAUUUAACAGGUGCCCAACUGGAUUUGGCUCUUGGGCCUGAGUGUUCUGACCCCCGUUCUA